AUGUACGGUCGAGGUGGCGGUCAGCAGCAAUACCGCGGCGGUCUUUCGUCGUGGGACAUGCAGGCCCAAUCUGGCUACGCGUCGUCGCCGUCGCAGCAGCAGGCACAGCAGCAGCAGCAGCAACAGCAGCAGCAGCAGGCCAGCUACUUUGGCGGCAACAUGCUCUCGUCCGGAUCCAGGGACGACGUCGGCGGGUACGGGGGUUACGCGUCUGGCGGCUCUAGCUCGCACUUCCCAUCCAACUAUGCCGGCCAGCAGCAGGGCAAUGCCGCCUCGUCAUCGUCGGCCAAUUCGCGUCCCAACACGUUUGCCAGCUUUUCCGAGGCUUUUACCGGCGGCUACAAUGGCAACUCGCUCCUGUCUCCACAACAACAGCAACAGCAGCAGCAACAACAACAGCAGCAACAGGCUCAACAGCCUCCUCAGCAGCCGCAGCAAGCAUCCCAGCAACAGCAGCAGCCACCGCCCACCACGUCGUACAGGAGCGAGCACAGCUAUUACCAGCCUUCUUCCGACUCGUACGGCGGCGCCAACCGCGAUCGCUCCGGCCAGUCAUUCUACCCCACCGCCAAUGACGGCUUUGCCAAGGAGUCGCGUUUCGACAAUGGCUACUCGUCUGCAGGAGGUCAGCAGGAUUGGAGCAACUAUCAGGCCUCUUCGGGUCAGACCGGUGCCAACGCCGCUUCCCGAUCUCAAUCAGCCACCGCUGCAGCGCCAUCCGCUUCGCCGUCCGUCGCCCCUGCUGCGGCUGCGAAUGCACAGCAGUCAUCCGCUGCUCCCGCAGCUGCCGGGCCCAAGAAGCGUGGACGCAAACCCAAGAACCAGGCUCUGGCCGCACCAGUUGCAGCCGCACUGUCAGCACCAUCAGCAGCAGGUGGCAAAGCAGCAGGGUAUCCAGCCCAGCAGCAGCAACCGGCCGGCUUCAUCGAUCCAUCCGCGACCAUGAUCAAAGCAGGCGGCCCGAACGGUACCACUGCCAAGGGCAAGAAGGCUGCUGCAGCUGCGGCCGCGGCGGCCGCGGCAGCGGCGGCGGCUGCUCCACCCCCUCCUGCUCCACCCGCCGUCACUGGUAUCAGACCCAAGGGCAAACGCGGUCGCAAGUCGAAAGCCGAGCUCGCCGCCGAGGCGGCAGCGGCGGUAGCGGCGCCUCCUGCUGCCACUGCUCCGGUUGCUACAGAUACCUCAAUGAACCCGCCUCCUGCCAAGCGCAAGAGGCGCACCAAGCUCGAGAUGCAAGCUGCGCGCGCGCAAGAAGCCGAGACCGCCGCACGACAGGCUGCGCUUCAAGCGGCGGGCCAAGCACCCAUCCCAGUCAAGGACCCAAGGGGACGCAAGCCGGGCUCCAAGGGCAGCUACACGAUCGCAUGGAACAAGGAGAUGGUGUCCAAGAUCCAAGGUCUGCGCGUGUUUGGCAACAUGAUCGAGGACGACGCAACGCAGCGGGAGUUUGACAAUGUGGUUUUGGAUCUGUUGAGCAUGCUCGAUGGCAAAGUGUCUGCGGACAAGAAGGUCACCUAA